AUGCAAAGUGAUAUAAUGUACAUUAACAUUUCAACAUUUUUACAUAUAGAAUCAAAAUAUUAAAGAAGUAACAUAGAUACUUGUCAAAACAUAUAUGAAAUUAAACUCGAUUGUACUCUUCAAAUACCGGUUUCAAAUCAUCAGCUGUUAGAUAUUGUAAAACGUCAGGAGGUACCUGUGACUCAUCACUGACCUGGAAUAAACGUGAAGAAACCCUUUGAAUGUGAGUUUUGUAAAAGACGGUAUAAAAAAAGAAUAGAAUUGAACACCAAAGGUAAAUAUAUCUAGUCAAAAAAAAAAAAAGAAUAACAAGAUACACUUGGAUAAAAAAAAACCCCUAUCAGCCUGCCGAGUGCAAUAUUCAUAUACGGACAAAUUCAGUGAUCGUUAUAGUAUGAAAUCGCACAUGAUGUCCUAUACGAGGAAUAGUCUACCUUUCAAGUGUCCCGUGUGUCCGAAAGAUUUUCUACAAUUCAGCAAUUUAAAGGAACAUAUGCGAAUCCACCCGGAAUUUAAACCCUUCGAAUGUCAACUUUGCAAGGAAAGAUUUUCAAAAAAUUGCGAUUUAUCGACACAUAUGCUCGCGCAUGAAAAGAGUUUGGUGUCUUUGAGUGACUUAAGGAGUGAGAAAAAGAAAAAAAUCAAUAAAAAUAAGCAAUACGUGUGUACAAUCUGUGGACAAAAAUUUCGUGACAAAUCUUGUAGAAAUGUACAUAUGCGGCAUCACAAUGGGGAAAGGGUUAUCGACUGCGAUUUUUGUAGAAGAAAAUUUACCACCAAAGGAUAUUUAGCAAGGCACAUGAUCAUUCACUCAAAAUCAGUAGCUGAGCACUCCUGUCAAAUUUGCCGGCAAAGUUUUUUAAGAAUUGUUACUUUAAAGCGACACAUGGAUGAAUGUCAUUCUGGUGAAUUGUCAAUCGAUGAAUCUUUAAUAUGUGAAAAAGAAGAUUGGAUUGAGAAGAUUCGAUUUACAAGUAAAGUAGAUAUAGAAAAUAAGAACUCGGUCGUCCUGGAGGAAGUGAGCCUUAAAAAUAUAAGAGAAAGUGAAAACAGUAUUUUAUUGUCUAUGGAAAAUGAACCUUGUGAGCAACCUUUAGACUUAAGUUUACAAACUGGAAUUUGAAGACCUAAAGAUAGAGAUUGAAGAGUAGCAUCUAAUUGAAAUUAAUAAAAAUAAUAAAAGAGGAGAAUAGAUAAAUAAUAUUUGAGUUUUCAGAUACAAAUUAAAGUAACAAAAUUCCUAAUCA